CCGAAAUUUCCACGUGGCUCCCUGGUGACAGAUGUAAACAAGCCGCUCUCUACCUUGCUGUCAGCCUGCCCUGCCUCGCCGUUCUUGCCUAUAAGGAAACCAGUAGGCCCAGGAGACUCUUAAAGGCCUAUCACAGUCUCGCACGCGGAUAAAACACCAAUCGAAGUGUGCAUUUAGUUGUUUUCGUGGAGGAGAAGAGCAAGGCACGGUUGAGUCAAGGAGCUUUCACCUGUAAUCCGGUUUCAUUCUUCCUUUUAAAUCUGCACCAUGGCCAACACGGCACAGAUGUUGAUAGCCUUGGCGUUUGCAGUAGUUGCCGUGCUGCACCAGAUAGACACAGACCCUGCUGCCUGGGCCGCUUCAGAGCAGGGCAGCAUCUAUGCCUCCAGGGAACAGUUGCAGCGCUUCAUCACCAACCCAGACUCAGUGGAGAAGUGGUUCAAUCUGGUGUCUCUGUUCAAGGCAGCAGACAGUCGGCCGCUCAGUGUGGGGAAGAAGUACCAGGCAGUGUAUGACCUGCCACUGAUAGGGGAGUAUUCAGUGUUCCUGGCAGUGGUGGAGUAUAAACCAAACAGUCUGGUGGUGCUGGAGUCCACCUCUCUCCUCCGGCCGCACUUUACCAUCCAGCUGGAAGACAACGGACCCAACACAACACGACUCACCUUCUCGAUGCAGUACCGGCGCUCCUCAGCCUUGUUCCAGUGGACUCUUGGCCCCGUCUUGCGCUUCUUGACCAGCCAGCAGCUCCAACGCUCCCUCUUCAUGAUAAGGAUGAUGUUUCCCUUCUGACGUUUAGAAGACAACACGUACAGUCCUGUCAUAGCCACCAUCCAGCUCUCCUCCUCUGUGUGAGGGAGGGGGAGGCUGCAGGGGAUGGCUGGCUGUCACAGUGGUCCUCGUCUGAUUCUGUGUUUGGGUACAGAGAUGUCUUGCCAUUCACUGUCCGGGCUUAGGGUGAGGAAAUCUGUCAUGCAGUAUUACCAUAAAGGAGGGACCACACAGGACUGGUAUAGGGUUUAUAUGUUUGGGUAAAUGCUCAAAAUUAAGGUUUUCACAUGAUGUCUGAUUUUGUUGUUUGUAUAGCAAUGAAAGUUUUUUUUGCAGCUUUUUGUGAAUUUUUUUUUAUUAUUAUUAUUAUGUAAAAUGCUUAAGUUUUAAGCAAAAGACCUGACUAUUUUUUUUUUAUGAAAGUGUAAAACAAUUUCAUUUCUAGAAUGGACAAAAUCCGUGUGGCAUGACAGGAAGUGAUGGUGUGUGUGUGUGUGUGUGUGUGUGUGUGUGUGUGUGUGUGUGUGUGUGUGUGUGUGUGUGUGUGUGUGUGUGUGUGUGUGUGUGUGUGUGUGUGUGUGUGUGUGUGCCGUGAUUCACCAGUUCAAUGCCUCACUUUGUCUUGCCUCAUAAUGCAAGUCUGAUGUAAGCUCUCUGCAUCCACUCAGUGCCAUUGUGUCAUGCUGCAUUGAAGAGUGUGAAAAUGCUGUGUGGCAUCUAGCAUCCAUUUGGAACGUUAUGCUGUCUGCCACACACACAUUGACGGUGACUGACUGUUGUGGUGAUGAACUUUUGAGGUUAACCACAUUCUUAUUUGUGGAUAUUGACUCCCUUGGGUGGUGAGUUGUGAGGAUUCAGGAUGUGCUCAUUCCCUGGGUGAGCUGUGUGUAUUUGCAAAUCUAGGGUGUUGUCUGUAUACAUUCCCCUGUGUGUGUGUGUGUGUGUGUGUGUGUGUUUUCAUUUAUGCUAAAACAAGAUUGAAAAAAGCAGAAGUUUGAUCUUGAGAAUAAACAGGGAUAUGAAUAAUACAUACAGGAGAGAAAAAUUUUAGCUGUCUCCUGCACACUCUCACCUGCUGGCUCACAGUGAGGGUGUAGCCAGGAAUGACUCAAGCUGUUAUCACUUCCAUGUUUAGGAGAACGUCUAUCUAUCGGAUGCUGGCUACUUGGAACUCCCUGUGUGUCCAUGUAUUCCUGCCCAGUGAGGAGAGUAACAAAAAGGUGAAUGAAAUUGUAAAUAAAUAAGACAAUGAAAAGCUAACAAAAUGGUGAAGAAAACAAGACAAACAGUAGGAAAAACUUAACAAAAUUGAAACUUGCGUACUCGAAUCCUCUUUGUGUUCUCUUCUCAUUUCAUUCCCCUUUCUUUCCUUCCUGUUACAUACUCCAGUGUUUUACCUGUCCAGUUCACUGCAGGUUGUUGUCAUGCCUCCACCACAUUCUCUGGGUUUAUAUUAUUUCUUAGUCUCUUUAUGACAAUUUUUCCUCCAUGGCCAGACCAUCUUGGGGUGCAGUGUUUGUUUGAUCUCUUCUGCCACUCCUGCAGAUGGAAGGCAAGUGUUCCUAACAUUGUAAUGUUGUGCUCAUAAUAUAACCAGACAUCUUACGUGUGUGUGUGUCUGUGUGUGAGGUAUAUUGAAAUGUAAGACAGGCUUCUGUAUAUAUAUAUAUAUAUAUAUAUAUAUAUAUAUAUAUAUAUAUAUAUAUAUAUAUAUAUAUAUAUAUAUAUAUAUAUAUAUAUAUAUAUAUAUAUAUAUAUAUAUAUAUAUGAAGGGAUGUGUAUGUAGUGCACUGUGUUUAGAUGGUGUAGGUACAUGAAAACACUUGACUGUCUACCUUUUAGAGUAUGUGCGUAUUUUCUUUAUUGUUCAUCCAUUGUUGUUUUUAUUGUGUUAAGUGAACGCAUGACAGACGUAGUGCUCAGUGUCUGUUGACCGUGGUGAGAGUCGCUGACCGUUCCUGGAGCAGCUCUGUGAGAGAAUGGUUUCCAAGUGCAUAUGUUGACACACCUAUACUUAAGAAUAAUGUUAAGAAAAGUGCUGUGCCUUACACUAGUCACCAGUUUGAGAGUAAGAUGAUACAAAAGUUUCCAGGCUGGUUACAAGGUCCUUGGGUAAUUGUUACAGCAAGUUUGUUACACAUGUUGAUAAUGACUGUUACUUAUGUGACAUGUAUCUUUAAGGGGAUGUAAAAUUAUUGUUAUUAUCUUUGGGACUUCAUAAUAUUAAGGGUUCCUGAUGCCCUGUGUAAAAAGGGUAGGCCAAGACUCGUUUGCUGGCGUCUGUGUGUCCUGCCUUCUGCACCCACUACUCUGUACUCUGCUGUGGGCUCAGUGGAACACCAAGAAUGAACACAUGAUUGGGUGACAGGAAAGGCCAUGAUUCCUGUAUCAGUUGAUAGUUUGAGUCUUAACCUUUGUGAUGUUCAGCAGAGGAGGAGUAUCUUCCUUGAGCUCAAACACCCAAGAAAGCUACAUGACUAAUCCCAGCAAACUGUAAGGUUCCUGCCUCCCUCUUCUUCCCUGAACAUGGGUGAUGUUGGUGUAGGAUAAGAGGAGACAAGAUUAUUUGGAAGAUGCUGUUCUGUGACUCUUGUGUAUUGAAACCUUUGGGUGAAGCUGACUGCUUUGUUUUGUUGCUGCCAUCCUCACUUUUGCUUUGCUGAUGGACUAAAUAGCCAGGCAGUGAAGCAUUGUUUUCCCACAUCCCAUCGCAUUGUGUGAAGAGGAGGGUGUGUGUGUCUCUGCAGUGUGAGCUGACUGGAGGACUGGUAGGACUCAGAGAUGAGGUGAUGGAGGUACUGUUGGCAGAACUCUAACCUGGUAUAAGAAAUGCAUGAAAAUAAAAAAAGAAGGAAAACUGGUGAACUAUUUUGACAACUUCAGAAAAGUGUUAAUCCUCAGGUAAAAAAAACUCUUCCACACACACACACACACACACACACACACACACACACACAGUUUUUGCAUUUUUAUCACUCGGCCGUAUUCCAGGUUGGUGUUCUCUCAAUUGUACUACCAUCAUUACACUCCUGAAAAUGGUUUCCAAGCAUGAAUGACCACCUGCAUUCACCCAGUGGUGGUUAGCCUUACUGCAGUUACAUCACUUGUUAAGUUGCUUAUUGUUGAGAUUUUUCCUCGGGAUCUAACUGGCUCACUUAAUACUUUCCCUGGCUACUCCCUCAGUGUUAGUGAUGCUUUGGCCACUAAUCAUCACUUGCAUCUGGCCUAAUUGGUUUGUUCUAAGUAAUUCAUCCCAAGUGCUUCAUAGUUUCUCAAGUUUUGCAUCAGCUCUCACUGUAGUGUUACAUGCCAACACCACCAGAUUCUUCUUGUCACCAGGCCUGCAUGGAAGGAAAGAGGAAGUGAAAGAAAAAUUGCCUAAGUGCUUCAGAGGAAAAUGCCACAGACUAAAAGAUUUCUGUGAAUAUGCAAGACAGACAGGCUGACAGACCCUGCUGUAUUACAAGAUGCACACAAGCAACUGUUCCCAAGCAUUUCUUCCUUUAUUUUCUCCUAAUACUUCAUCAGCUGUUGUGAAAGUGUGUUGUUCCACUGCACCAUCAGUGACACCUCACUCCCGGUGUCUUGAGUUGAGGUGUUUGUGGAUGAAUUGAAUAGGGAGAUGUGUUAAUGUGCUAUUACUGUUACCUCAGCCAUCCACUACUCAUGGUCUGUCUUCUCCUUUGUUAAUCUAAUUAAUCUUCCCAUCAAGAACUUGAGGCUGCAAUCCUGACUCACUGGUGCCUUGGUGUGUUUGCUGCUGUCCUUCACUGUGCCAGCAUCACCAGGGGCUUCUCUAUGGAUCAUCUCUUUUUAGAGUUUGCAGGCUUCAGUAUCCAUCACUUCUGUCCUCUGGUCUUCUCUUGGCUGGUGCUCCUGUAGUUUCUCAAGUGCCUUAAUGUACUCACAUAUCUUCUCUAUGUCUCUGUAUUUCUCCUCAAGGAUCAAAAUGUUAUCCUUUGCUCCAGAAAAUUGCAUCAUGUGGCCACUUGACUGCUUUUCCUUCAUGUCUUUUUACCUCACUUUUGAAUUUUUCCUUCAAAAACUCUUCUAAAAUUCCACAAGCAUCUACUUUCCUCACAGACAUGUGGUGCAGCAGUGUAGCCUGUAAGCAGUUAUUGUAUUUCUCCUCAAACUUUCUUAUACUUUUUCUCUCUGGACUGGAAGAUUAGCAUAUGCUUGCUGAAGUCUGCAGCUUUUCCUCAAGAUCAGACAAUGCCUGGUUCUGGGAGUUCACUUCAUCCUGUAGUGUCUUCACAUUUGUAGUCUGUGUCAUGUUCUCGUCCUUUAACCUCUCCAGUUUGCCAAUGUAAGCAGUUUUGUUCUCUGCAGAUAUUUCAUUGAUGUAACUUUCCUUUCCCUUCAUCUGCCUUAAGAUAUCUUGUGAAUCCCAAACCCUUUCUGGCAGCUAAACCUUUUCCUGUGCCAGCACACACAGCUGUCAUCAGAAUCCCAGUGUGUCUGAGCUGGACUUGGUAACACUCACAGGCACCACCACUGAGGUCUCUGAGCAAGAUCAAAUUCAUUCCAGCUUGUUGCAGUUCAUCUGCCAAGGACUGUGGUGGUGAUGAAGAUGGCCUAGGACCUAGGUGAUGAACCUGCACUUUCUACUAAAUUCACACUUCCCCAUACACUAUUUACUCUUGGUCUAGUUGCCUUGCAGUGGAAAGGGACAGUAUCAUGGGCAGGCUUACCACAUCCCAGGAGCUUAGGCACAGCACAGCUGGUCACAUACUUCCACAGCAAGGCCUGACUGCAUACAUUGGUCUAUCCCUGCCCCUUCAUGAUGAGGCUGUUGCCUACCCAGCACCUACACCAAUCUUGUUACCACAGCAGAUGCAGGGUACUUUCCACUGAGUGCCUUGCACUUUAGUUGGGUCCAUGUGCCAAUGGGCCCUGCCAAGUGCACCCACACCACUUCCCAGGGGUUGUGCACUCUCCACAGUUGCUCUCCAUUUGCCUCUAUCAUGCACACUUGUUCUUGCUUGCUGCAGUCAUUCCUUCACUGAGUGUGUUCCUCCUUGUAUCCAAUCCACAUCUGUACUGCUCUGUAUACUUAGUUCACCUCAUCCUCAUCAUCUCAUGCACUUGUAGGUAUGUACAGUAUAUGGAAAAUGAUGUACUAUGUGAAAUAAUAUGAAAGUUCUCAUAUGACAGUAAAUUGUUCAUCUUUAUGGAAGAGAAUUUCCAUGAAGAAAAUUGUCACUGCCAUGGAGAAACUAGAUUUUUUACCAGGUGGCCAAAUGGUGGUGGAGUAAAAGAAGCAUUUCAUUAAUACAUGUCUAACAAUUGUACAUGACAGCUGCAGUGAGAUGUGAAGCCUAAGUCAGCUGAGGACAUAUCUGCCAUAGUUUUUAAUAGAUCAAUGAAUUUCAUAUUACCUGAAGGUUUAAAGUUUGGGAGUUAAGCAAAGUACAGAAUACAAGUUACCUAAACCACAUGUACUGCAAGAAAGUAUUUGUAUUCUUAAGAGAAGUGAUAUGGAACCAGUCAAGCUUCUAGAGGGGUCAUGAGGGCUGGUGUCUGUAUUCUUUUUCAAAAUGACUCAUUUGAAACUAGUUGGGCUUGUAGAGAGAGAUGUAAAGGCUUAAAUUUGUCACCAGUUCAAAAGUCGGAAGGAACCAGUUGAGCUUACAAGAAGGUGUCACUAAGGCUGGCAUUUGUACAGCAUGCAUUUGUAAACAGCCUGAGGGGAAGUGGCCUCGUGAUGUACAUAGGUAUUGUUAGAGCAAACAACUGUUUUUUUUUUUUUUUUAAGGUGCUGGAGGUGUCUUAUUCAAGUUGUAAAUUACCAAUGCUUCCCCGUGUAGUAGUAAUCAAAGGUGUCUUGUAGCGGCACAAAACAUUUAUAUACGCCAUUUAAGCUCCACUUCUGAACUUUAAGGCUCUAUAAAUUAAAGUUUAAGGUAUACCACACUAUCUUGGGAGUCGUCUUCGUGAGAAAGUACGUACGAACAGAAGAGGAGCUUAGAAAAAAAAAAAAAAGAAAAAAAGUUCUGUGAAAGCAGAGAAAACCGGAAAUGACGUGUGAAAGAGGAAACGAGAAGGAUAAGAUUGUGUACUUCAUUAAAAACGCUCAUAAAUCAUCCAACUGCGGGAAGGAAAAAGAGAAAUAAACUAAUUUUUGAUGAUAAUGGUGAUGUGCCGCUACAGAAGAUGUCUCGAGGUGUGAGUGGGUAGCCUAGUUGAAGUGCGGGCGAAGGGUACUUAUGGUGUGAUGUGCUGUACUUCGCUACUCUGGUUGGCGGCUUGUGAGUACCAAUAAAAAGUGAACCUG